CCUAUUCUGUUACUAGCGCGCCGACUGCUGCUCCAUUGGCGCUCGCGAUCGUGGCUCGCGCGUACGCGGCUGUGUUUUGUGUACUCCUACGUGUACAGAUUUGUGUAUGUGUGCAUGUGUAUAUAUGUGUGCGCGUGUGUGUGCCCUCCCCAGCAGAUCAUCCUCCGUUAAUCUUGCUGGCUGAUCUUCGCGACGAACGCCAGCGCCAGAGUCGUUUACUGAAGUGAAACUGUUCAGCAUUGAAUCUCGUCGUGUACACAAUUUCUUUUUUGUUUGUCGCCAUCGUCUUUGUCGCCGCUUGGUUUUAGAACUAAUACUAGUAUCGCUAUUCAUCGGUCACAUCAGUGUAGAAACAAAACUUACAACAAUUUGCAUCGAUCAUGGCUGUGUUUGGACUUGUAUCGGCAGUGGCCGGGUUUGUGAAGGUGCGCUACCUGCACGAUAAGGCCAUCAUUGACAACAUGGUAUUUCGAUGCCACUACCGCAUCACCAGCGCUAUCCUGUUUGCCUGCUGCAUCAUCGUAACGGCUAACAAUUUGAUCGGAGACCCAAUCACGUGCAUUAACGAUGGUGCUGUUCCCGGGCACGUGAUCAACACAUACUGCUGGAUCACAUACACGUUCACGCUGCCUGGUCAGCACGGGCGUACAAUGGGCACGGAGGUGGCUCAUUCCGGAUUGGGCAAUGACAAUCAAGAACGAACGUACCACAGUUACUACCAGUGGGUGCCGUUCAUGCUGUUCUUCCAGGGUUUGCUGUUUUACGUGCCACACUGGAUCUGGAAGAACUGGGAAGAGGGUCGUAUGCGUAUGAUCACUGAAGGCAUGCGCGGUGUUUCGACAGCGAGUCCUGCGGAACGAAAGGUGCGCCAUGAUCGUUUGGCGCAGUACCUGUUCGACAGUGUUAAUACACAUAACACCUAUUCGUUUGGUUACUUUAUUUGUGAGGCGCUCAACUUUAUAAAUGUCGUCGGCAAUAUCUUCUUUGUUGACAAGUUUCUGGGUGGUGCUUUCUUGACGUAUGGUUCUGAUGUGCUCAAAUUCUCGAACAUGAACCAGGAAAAUCGUUCGGAUCCCAUGAUUGAGAUAUUCCCAAGAGUCACCAAGUGUACAUUCCAUAAAUAUGGCUCCUCGGGUAGCAUUCAAAAGCACGAUGCACUUUGCGUUCUGGCAUUGAACAUUCUGAAUGAAAAGAUCUACAUCUUUUUGUGGUUCUGGUUCAUUGCCCUAGCCAUUGCAUCUGGCCUAGCUAUCAUCUAUUCCGCUGCCAUUGUCAUGAUGCCGACGACGCGAGAAGCCGUUAUAAAACGCCGCUUCCGCAAAGCUAAACCUGACGACGUCUGCAAUCUUAUCCGUCGUGUUCAGAUCGGCGAUUUCCUCAUGAUUCAUCUGUUAGGCCAGAACCUCAAUGUAACCUCGUAUGGCGAAAUGUUGUACACCUUCAUCAAUUUGCUAGAAGAAGGACAACCGAUCUCGGGUGAUACACCAUCUGCCCCGUCAACGCUCGAAAUGUCUCCCAUGUACCCAGCAAUCGAGAAAUACGACAAGGAAAAGGAGGUAUUGCAUCAAGACUACGAAGCAUAAAUCAUGCCUGGAAAAAUAAGUGAGUUAUCGUGAUGAUGCUAUGUAACUGCGUACAAUCGUCAAAUGCGUAGGCAUAGUUUAAGUUUUACGAAGCAUCUUCUACGUGAGGAUGCAAAUGAGGUCGUAUUUUUUAGAUCAUACCAGCUACUUCUCAUUUUUUUUAUCUAAAGCUAAACAUGAUAAAGGAACAGGAAAAAUAAUCAGCAUCUGCAGAAUAGGUGGCAAACUGCAGCGUCGCUACGGACUCUUGGCAUUGUCAAUUCAUUUUUUAGAAAUUAAUAGGUAACAUAAUUGAUAGAAUUUAUGCAGUGUAUUAGAAUCGAAAAGAAGGGCUCAUAAAAACAAGCCAUUGGAAAAUCCGUAAUUAAGCGAUAACCGCCAGAACGGUGUUUUAGCCUCAGCGACGGAUAGUUUCUCCUUCGGCCUUUAGCUAGCGUAGGAAAGCAACAGAAGACUGUCAAGUGGUGUACUAUUUGUUUAUUUUUAUUAUAAAUUAUCCAAUUCUGUGCAAAAAAAACGUUUUAUCAGUUUUUUACAAAUUUCGAGCAACGUCCAAAUUUUAGCAUUUUUAUAUAAUUAAAUGGCACGUAACGAAUAAAAUGAAACACGCCAGACACGUCAGUCAAAUGCGAUUAUUUAGUUUUCUGCUUCUGCAAUUGAUAGCUAACAUUUCUUUUUCGAAUUCCGUGGAAUAGGUCACUUUUCGUUUUAUGAUCAAAUCAACAAUUGUAAGAAGUAUAAAUGAAUAGUAAAAAGACGUUUCUAUAUCGUAACCGUCACAUUACAACCGAACCUGGAUUAAUGAGGAAACUAACAAGUUUCACAAACCCAAAAGAGGUUUUUAAUAAUGAAACGAUCAAACUUUAAGACAUGUUUUAUCUUAUUUUAUAAAGUACGAUUGAAACACCCUGCCUUAUUGACAAAGAUGAUCGUCAAAUGUUUAGUAAGACGGAAAAUUAUCCGCUAGGAUAUCAUGUUACUCAAUGACUGAAUAUUUACUAGCAAAACAGUUCACAGCAAUGAGCUUUGAUACUAAUUGAAAACAAAUGUUCCAUUCCUGAUUUGGUGCAUAUGAACAAAAUUAAUGUUUUUUUUUUUAAUAUCGUGUGGGUGAAUACAGAAUCCGUUAGUGAAACGAAAUUAAUCACUCGUGCUGUAGUUUCCAUAAAGAUGUAAACUUUUUUUAGGCUUUAUAAAGACAAUGAACAUAUUUUAUUAAGAAAAAACUCCUCGCGCGAAAAUACUUGAUCAAAUAAGCAGAUGCGACAUGAAAAAAGGAAACAGCUAUUUUAUAAAUUGUACAAUUUUUCGGUUUGUUAAACGAGAGGACUACAAAAAUACAGCAACAGAAAAAAGGUUCUAAAGAAACUCAAAACUGCAACAAGAGCAAUAUAUAGCUAGGCAUAUAUAUCACGAGUAUCCAUAUGUGCAAAAUGAAACUUAUCAAUGGAACUUUAGUAUUAGUAUCAUUAGUAUAUUCGCUCUGUAUUGUUGGGCUAUCAUUUCAUCUACUCGCCCUACACCAAAAUGGUUCAUGAGUAAAUUAUGUACGAUUGAAGUCAAAUGAGAUGAUAAAAACUCCAAGAUCAAGAAUAAGCGCAAGAAUUGCAUACUCUAAUUGUGAU